AUGUCAACCGAGACCUUUACACAAAAGACCAUGAUGAGUGCCGACCUCUCGGGGCCGCACAAUUAUCUCGACUACCAACACCAAUACCAACACCACCUGUACAACCCGGCACCAAGGCUCUCCGCCCUCGCCUAUCCGCACCUUUCCUCCCGGGGCCAGACUAAGCAAGCCAAAAGGCGGUCGCUGACGGCGGCCCGGCAACAACCACGACAACCGCAACCACAGUCCUUGCAUCCCCUGACGACGCUGCUGGCCGUGAUAUUCGAUUUCUUUUUGAGGGGCAUCCUGGAUCUUACGAGGCCGCCGAGGGAGCUGGUUAAGUUCACCGUCAUGGGCAUCUUCGAUACGCUGUGCUGGGCCUAUCAUGCACUGCCAAUGCCGCUCGCGCUCGGUCUUCUCUACUGUGGGUUCCAGAGCGUCCCGGACGCGCUGCACGGCGUCGAGGAGCUGCGGGUGAUUUACAGCACGAGGCUGGGCGGUGAUGCAUUCCCCGGGAGCGCAUCCGGCAUUGAGGGUCUCUACGGGCUUGGCGAGAUGGCUUUGGUGCGAUGGGGUGAUUUAGGAGUCUGGUCGGCGUUUUACUGUCUCGCUUUGAUGACGGCAGCAUAUGCGGUCAUGGUCCUCUUGGAGAUGCGCGACUACAUCCGCGACACCUGGGCUCUCAUUAUGGACGAGGCUCUCGAGGUCCAGGCGUUGCGGGCGGACGAGUGCUAG